UUAAGCGUGUCAGUCUUAAUGUUGGUGUUUGAAGGAGAGGGUAUUUUGAAUUCUCUCAUCAAUAAACUACCUAUUGAACUUCACUUACCUAGCUAUCAGUACUGUGGACCUGGUACAAAAUUGGAAAAACGUCUUGAUCGUGGAGAUCCGGGCAUCAACCCCUUGGACGCUGCUUGUAAACAACACGAUAUUUCUUACUGGAAGAAUAAGUCUCUCGAAGAACGACACAAAGCCGAUCAGAUACUUGAAGAUAAAGCUUGGGCACGCGUCAAAUCAAAAGACGCUUCAAUGGGAGAGAAAGCUGCUGCAUUACUUGUAACAGGCGGAAUGAAGGUGAAAAGAAAGCUGGGAAUGGGUUGUCGUCGUCGUCGCAAACGUCGUUCCUUGCAUCGAGAUGUUAUUCUGAAAGUGGGAAAGUCAUUGAAGAGAGGAACAUCUUUGAAAGACACCGCAACGUUUGCCUUACGAGCAGCCAAAGCACUUAUUAAUGAAUUUGGUGGCAAAAAAGAAGUCGAGGUUCCUCGAGUAAUACCUGUAGCGAAAUCCGGAGGUUUCCUACCACUUAUUCCUUUGUUUGCCGGUCUUUCGGCACUUGGAGCUUUGUCAGGUGGUGCUGCUGGGAUUGCAAAAACCGUCAUUGAUGCUAAGCAUGCGCAAAAGAAAUUGGAGGAAGAUGUACGUCAUAAUAAGGCUAUGGAACGUAUAGGAUCUGGCCUAUACUUGAAAAAGUAUUCAAAAGGUGGAUUUGGAUUGUAUUUAAAAAAACAAAAAAAAAACUAAUAAAGCUACCCAAUCACGCACUAUCUGACUUUGACAUUGCGCAUUAUGCAAAAUUACUUAAAAUACCACAUUUUCGAGGAGUUUUCAUGCGAGACACCCUCCCCAAAGGCGGUCCUCAAAGACAAGAAUGCGCAGUGGUUAAUUUAGAUGUUUCUAAGAAUAGUGGGAGUCAUUGGGUGGCUUACAGAAAGAUAAACAACGAUGUAGAGUAUUUUGAUUCAUUUGGUAAUUUGAAGCCGCCGAAAGAAGUUGUUGAAUAUCUGGGGGGAAAGAGUGCGAGAAUUUUCUACAACAAUACCCAAUAUCAAAACUACAAUCAAAUAAAUUGCGGACAUUUGUGUUUGAAAUUUCUACAGCAACAAUGACGAGCGUAGAACUAUUACUACAACAUAUCUACCAUGGAAAAACAUUGAAUAGUUUUACUGCCGAAGAACUAAAGCACUUUCCCAUUGAACAUCUAAUAGAGUGUGUAAGACCUUGGGAAUUGUUGGAUAUGUGGCAUAAACUUCCCAAUGAAUAUCGAGGAAAUUUUGAACUACAAAUACGACUACCUUGUUUCAUCCAUUACAACCGGCCUGAUUGGACAACACAUUGUGAUGGUCCUCCGAGUUCUCAAGCCACUUGUUUUCUUUGUAACAAUAAAUAGAAUAAACAAGUAGUAUUAUUUAAAUUCAAACAUCACCCGAAUUCCAUUAGUCACCAUGUCACAGUUGCUGAGAGUAAACAGCAUCAAUCAUGAAUUUACCUUUCAACCUACUACGCCUAUUGUGCUCGAUCCGAAUAAUGAUUACGAAAUAGCUUUGCGAUCUUUUCAUUCUUAUCACAGUAUACCAAACAUUGAAAAUUGUAAGUUUUACUACUACGAUACCAAGGGCAAGCUUCAAAGUUUUGAUUUUCCCACAGGAUGUUACGA